CAAAUAAUCCCUGUAUCUGUCAUCGGUCUUUCAAACUUUAUGCUCAGAUUAACAGGCGAAUCGUAUCUGUAGGUGCUUUCAAGGUGUAUGUGACCUCUCGCCCUCUCCCCUGUGACCUCUGAAUCCCGGUUGACCGGCUCCCCCUCCCCCCCCUUCCUCCCUCCCCUUCCUCGCCUGUGGCCGGACUGUGAUCCAUGGCGCUGGAGAAGCUUCUGGGUUUCGGGAAGCAGUUGCUGAGGGUGAAGGUGGUGAACUGUAACACAGAGGACUCUCGUCUGUCUCGAUGUCUCAACACUUUUGACCUGGUGGCCCUGGGCGUGGGAAGCACUCUGGGCGCUGGCGUCUACGUGCUAGCCGGGGCUGUUGCACGAGAGAAUUCUGGUCCUGCCAUUGUGCUGUCUUUCCUGAUAGCAGCCUUAGCCUCAGUGUUGGCUGGUCUGUGCUAUGCUGAGUUUGGAGCCCGUGUUCCCAAGACAGGCUCAGCUUAUCUUUACUCCUAUGUGACUGUAGGGGAGCUCUGGGCCUUCAUCACCGGAUGGAACCUCAUCCUCUCCUAUAUCAUUGGCACCUCCAGUGUGGCCCGCGCGUGGAGCGCCACCUUCGACGAGUUGGUAGGGAAGCGCAUAGAGCAGUUCUGCAGGGAGUACAUGUCCAUGAAUGCACCGGGCGUGCUGGCAGAGUACCCUGACAUGUUUGCUGUUGUCAUCAUAAUCACCCUCACAGGUCUGCUGGCAUUUGGGGUCAAAGAGUCAGCGAUGGUGAACAAGGUUUUUACAUGUAUCAACAUCCUCGUCCUCUUGUUCAUGGUGGUCUCAGGGCUGGUCAAGGGUACUUUGAAGAACUGGCAGCUAGACCCUGAGGAGAUCCUACAUGCCAAUCAUACCAGUAACUCAAGCCUCAAUCUGACAGAGGUCCUGCCAACACGAGAACGUUUAGGAGUGGGCGGCUUCAUGCCAUUUGGAUUUACAGGCGUCCUGUCAGGGGCUGCAACCUGUUUCUAUGCCUUUGUCGGAUUUGACUGCAUCGCCACCACAGGUGAAGAGGUGAAGAACCCCCAGAGAGCCAUCCCUAUCGGCAUCGUGUCCUCGCUGCUCAUCUGCUUCGUGGCGUACUUCGGUGUGUCUGCUGCCCUCACCCUCAUGAUGCCAUACUACCUGCUGGACAGCAACAGCCCUCUGCCUGUAGCCUUUAAAUACGUGGGCUGGGGGGGAGCCAAAUAUGCUGUAGCUGUAGGCUCUCUUUGUGCUCUGUCUACGAGCCUGCUGGGUGCUAUGUUCCCUAUGCCCCGCGUGAUCUGGGCUAUGGCCGACGAUGGGCUGCUUUUCAAGUUCAUGGCCGAGAUCAGCCCCCGCACCAAAACCCCGCUAAUUGCAACCCUCACCUCUGGCAUAGGGGCAGCCAUCAUGGCCUUUCUGUUCGACCUGAAGGACCUGGUGGACCUGAUGUCAAUAGGGACGCUGCUGGCCUACACCUUAGUAGCUGCCUGUGUCUUGGUGCUCAGGUACCAGCCAGAGCAGCCCAGUCUGGUGUAUCAGAUGGCCAGUACCCAGGAGGACGUGGAGCUGAGCGACGGCAUCAGUGUCCCCAGUAUGGGCAUCCUGCCCGGUGUGGAGGAGAGGUUCAGCUUCAACACCCUGCUGUUCCCAGAAAACCCUGAGCCAUCCACAUUGUCAGGCUUCACCGUCAACAUCUGUGCCUCUGUCAUGGGAGCGUUGAUCCUGGCGUUCAGCAUACUGGCGGUGCAGGGGGGCUUUGCCGUGUGGAACAUCAUAGCCCUCAGCAUCAUCUUCAUGGUGUGUCUCUUCCUCACCUUCAUCAUCUGGAGGCAGCCUGAGAGCAAGACAAAACUCUCUUUCAAGGUCCCAAUGCUGCCCUUCAUCCCAGUGGUCAGCAUGUUUGUCAACGUCUACCUGAUGAUGCAGUUGGACAGAGGCACCUGGAUACGGUUUUCAGUCUGGAUGGCGAUAGGUUUCGUGAUCUACUUCUGCUAUGGUAUUCAUCACAGCGCUGAGGCCGCCACGGCCCGCUCGUCCCCGGACACGGAGAUGAUCGGCUUCAAGCACAGCCGCGAGUCAGAGGACAUGCCACCAGAAAAGGAGGCCUUCCUUCACAAUGGAAUCAGUGCCAGGGAAGAGGACGAUGGAGACUUGUAGGAAGCAUUAGAACAUGCUGCACGCAUUUCAACCGGCCCUGACGCCAGUCUGUCUGUGUAAGAGUAUUUCUGACAGGACAACUCCCAGUCCCUCACUGGCCUUAUUCCUUGUAGGGGAAAGAAAUGAUAAAUAACUUUGACAUAAAAUACACAGACCUGUGACGUUCCCCUUCGACAACACAGACAACUGGUGAUGAUACUCAUGCAAAAACUUCUAUACUUCUAUACAGAACUUCUAUAGCCAUAAAUGACACGUUCUAUUAUUUGAGGAUUGUGAUAUAAGCUUGUUACCCCUUGUGUUUGGCCUUGAGGUUCAGCUGCUCAUUAUC